AAAAGUGAAAUCAAUGGGAGAAUACCCCAGCCACAUUUCUUGUUAACUACACAACAGCAAUGAGAGAGAAUAAAGUUUGCACGAGAAAGGAACAGAGUCCCAUCCCUUUUUCUCACGAUUUCUUUGCUUAAGUCGACCUUCUGAUUCUGGGGUUUUGUGUUCGAUUUGGCUCACGGACACGGAGGGUUUUUUUUGUUUUUAAUCCAGAUGGGGAGGCUGUUCGUGGUGAAUCUGGAGGGGAAGAUCUAUAGUUGCAAACACUGUAAGACCCAUCUUGCUGUGUACGAAGACAUCAUCUCCAAGUCUUUUCACUGCAGGCAUGGGAAAGCCUAUCUCUUCAAUAAGGUUGUGAAUGUUUCGAUGGGGGAGAAUGAAGACAGAAUGAUGAUGACUGGAUUACAUACCGUAGCUGACAUUUUCUGCGUCGGAUGUGGAUCAAUCGUCGGUUGGAGAUAUGAGAUGGCCCAUGAGAAGAGCCAGAAGUACAAGGAAGGAAAAUCGGUGCUUGAAAGGUCAGUCCUUAGAUUUGAUCGGCAGCAUCUAGUGAUAGAUGUCAUGGAUUUGAUUCAAGAUGAUUUAAGAUAUCGGGACCCGAUGGAAGCAACUACUGGAUAAGCCAUGGAACUCAUGUAGGUGGAAGUGAUGCUGAUGAUGCUUGACCUUUGCACUUUCUCUCCUGCUUACAUGAUUCAAUGAAAUGUACAUUCUCCAACCUUCUUCCCCUGUUGUAAUAUCAUCAUUCCAAUUGUUAAACUGGCAAAAGCCCUUGUACCAAAAUUAUUCUGUGGAUUUCAAUCUGAAUCUUAAUUCUUACAUUCAAUAAAAGUCCAGUUCUGUUCAA